AACAACAAAAGGACCCGGACGGGCCGGCGGCGGCCAGGGCAGCGACCGCAGCGCAGGAGCCCGGCCUGCCGCAGCUACCUCAGCACCCGCAGCUCUGCUCGGCUCACGGAUGAUGACUCUUCUUGCUCUUCAUCUAAGUUGAAGAAACACUGUGCACUUUAAUCUCUCGUCUGUGAUAUUGGGCCAACUGAAGACAGGGUUUUGAAAUCUCAGCUAUAAAGAUAUCUAGCCAAAAUCUCAAUCUUGCCUUAACAAUGUUUCAGAGACUGAAUAAAAUGUUUGUAGGCGAAGUCACUACUUCUUCCAGCCAAGAACCAGAAUUCAGUGAGAAAGAAGAUGAUGAAUGGAUUCUUGUUGACUUCAUAGAUACCUGCCCUGGUUUCUCAGCAGAGGAAGAGGAAGAAGAUGAAGACAUUGGUGAAGAGUCCUCAGCAGAGCACACUUCUGUCUUCUCCUGUUUACCUGCAUCUUUGGAAUGCUUGACUGACACCAGUGAUUCCUGCUUCCUUCAGUUUGAGUCCUGUCCAAUGGAGGAGAGCUGGUUCAUCACUCCUCCCCCAUGUUUUACAGCAGGUGGAUUAACCACUAUCAAGGUGGAAACAAGUCCUAUGGAAAACCUUCUCAUUGAACAUCCCAGCAUGUCUGUCUAUGCUGUGCACAACUCCUGUCCUGGUCUCAGUGAGGCGAGUUGUGGAAAUGAUGAAUAUAACUCAAGUGGUCCCAGGGCCAGAAAAAGCUGCUUAUAAGACUCACGGGCACAGAAAUGGAAGCCCAGAGUGAAAUGGGGAAGCACAUUCACUGCUGUGUGGCAGCACUUGCUGCUCAGGCAACAUUUUUGGAACAACCCAAGAGUUUUCGCCCUUCCCAGUGGAUAAAAGGACACAGUGAAAGACAGUCUUUGAACAGAAAUGGUCUCCGUCGCCAGAACCUUACCAGGGAUUGCCACACUCGACAAAUGAAGCACAGUGGCUGGGUGGUUCACCAGCCCUGCCCACGCCAGUACAAUUACUGAGAAUGUUGAGUUAUGUUGGUUUGUUUCCUUAGGUUUUGUGCAUAUGUAUUGGAUGUGUGUGUGUACAAUGAAAGUGCUGUCUCCUUCCAGCCAAGUGAAGACCAAUCGCCUAGUGUAUCAGUGUGUUUAGACACUAUCACAACCAGAUUUUUGUGCUGUGUUUCACAUAAUGCCUUGCUCCUGACAAUUACUUUUUAAAAAACCUUUUAGCAUAUUUUUGGAAACAUAUCAAUACAGUGACAGUGUUUGGGGUUGUCUUUAAGUACAGUAAGGUAUAUAUAUGAGUUAGCAUCUUAAGGACAUUUCUAACCCCAAGUCUAAGAGUAGACAUCUUUUCAAUUUCCUUUAUUUUGUAUUAUUUAAUCUUUUGUGUAAGCAAAAAUCUAUUCUCAGGGUCAGCCAUAUACUUUAUUGACCAGUACUUGAUAGCCUUUUCUGUAUAUAAUGAGUACAUUUUUACACUAACACAAGCAUUAACAGGUGAUUUUUUGCCAUGGAUAUAAUGGAAUUAAUGGUUGAACUUACUUUUGAAAGAAAACUUGACAUAUUUCUGUAUAUAUGUUUUUUUUUCUCCCAGAUUAGUCAUUGUAGUUCAUUGUGGAAUUCAGGUACAUUAACUUUGGUGAACAAUAUAUUCAGUAAUUCUGAUGUGACUCCACGAUAUGGUACAAAUACUACAGAUGUCGUGGCCAAAAGCAUUUGUUUCAUAUGCAGAGGGAAAAAUCAGACCCAUGAGAUGAUAUCUGGAAUCUAUUUGUAGAUAACCCACAGAGCAGUCAGUAUUUGGAGAUGUCUAGAUUCCUAACUGCCAGCUCAGCUAAAAAUGCACAAGCCCAGGCACUCAGUGACGUCAUGCUUGUGUCUGCCACAAGAAAGGGAGAGAAACAGUGGUAACUCCUCAGACAUGGAGCCUGUCUUCCCAAGGGAUUUCUGGUGGCAUCUGUUUGCGCCUAAGUGAAGAUUGAUGGGUUGGUUUCCACAAGCUUUCGUUUUUAAACUUCACAAUAUCCUUAGCCACUUUGGCCUCUCUUUCCUCCACAGCAGGCGAGUACUAAUACUUACCACAGCAGGAGAGUACUAAUACUUACCACAGCAGGCGAGUACUAAUACUUACCACAGCAGGCGGGUACUAAUACUUACCUCCCUCACAGAGUUGUGAGGAUUGUAUACUGAUUGGAAGUGGGGCUGUCAGAACUGAACUCUGUGAACUUUCAGGGUCUUUCUCCUGAACCUAGUUGUGGGAGGCUACGGCAGUUUACUGCCAUGAUUAUUCUUCAGGGUUGGUGCUAAUGAGGCUAGAGCACAGGGUUCCACUCAUAUAUACCAGUUAACGUGGUGUAGAGGAAAGUCCAUUCUCUUACCUCUAUCUGGUCAGCUCUUAAAGAAUAGUUUUGGUGGAUUUUGAUGAGCCAUCCACACUUGCUGGAAGAUUAAACACAUUUACAGCUUGAAGCACAUUCUAAUACCAUUGCCGCAUAUUCAAAGUGCUCAUUUCCCUAGCCCCUUUGCAACCAUAACUAAACAUUUGUUUAUGAAAUAAUUUCAAGGAAAAAAAGAAACAUACUGUUAUGUGAAGUAUUAUUCCUGAAGCAGCUUGAUGCAGGGAACCCUGGGAAACUUUCAGGAAGGUACAGUGCUUUUCUCUGAUGAGGCUGGGCAUUUAGAGCUGCAGUCAGAUGGGGAAGAGAGUUAACACUGGCUCUGAUUAGGUGCCAGGCAGGAUGUCUCCUAAGAACAGGAAUCUAGACUUAAUUCUUUCCUUAAGUCUUUUCCAUAUUGACUUCCCCUUUUAUUUAUUUGUUUUCUAAUUAAGGGGCCAAGUCUGUAGAGUUUGUUAAACUGAGAAGUUGUUACUAUUUGUUGUCAUGGAGGUGUGCAUAUUUUAUACCACAGCUAUUAUAGGGUCAUAUGUUGGUAACUUGAAAUAGACCAGUUAAGUGUCUUCUGGACAAAGGUUCUGAAUCCAUGUAGCUUUGCCCCUACUCCCUUACAUCACACGAAAGCUGUCUUACAAGCUGGAAGUUCAGCCGUCAGAAUUUGUUUGGCCAGCAUGAAUUGGUUUAUGUAUUAAACUAUACUUUUUUUUUUGUUUUUUUAAAAACCUUCCCACCACAUUUAUUUAUCCCUUAAGUACACUUACAUCUCUGUCACUUACCGACUUUUCAUUUGCUUUGUCUAUGCUUAGUGUUUUGUUCCUGUAAAUCAGCAAACAAUCAAUUAUUGGGAUUUUUUCUUUGGGGUUAAGAUUACCACACCACCUAUAGUAAGUGGGUAGCACACUGUGGUUUUUGUGUGAGAAUCUAACAUUUAUAUCUAAAAUUGGCAAGUUUUUAAUCACUAGGUGUUUUGUUAGGCAACUAUAAGUCUAAUAACACAGAACAAUUUUUUUGAAACCUGGCCAAAAAUACAUUUUAUGAGUUAAUUACUCAUUAUCAUCAUCACCAUCAUUUUGCUAUUAUACCUACUAGUGGUUUACAGUGUUCUUCAAUGCACUGAAAGUACAAGUAAGAAGACCCCAAGAGUUGAGGAUGUAGCUUAGUGGUAGAGGAUUUGCCUAGCAUGUGCAAGGUCCUGAGUUCCAUCCCCAGCACUGUAGGAUGAAAACAAAAUAAGCAAGACUCCAGAAUUCAGUAGUACUGACCAUUUCUAAACCAAUAGCCUAGAAUAAUGCUUGCAAAGUCUGGAAUACAUGGUAUGUAUCAGUCAUACAUCUGGAGUCUUAAUUUUUUAGCUUUUAUAGUAGACCCCACAUUCCCCAAAGUUUGUAUUUUAUGUUCAGCAUUUUAGAAUGUGUAUUCUGUUAAUUACUAUAUCCUGGGUUAUAUUCUGUACUGUACAUAGCUACUUAAAGCUCGCCAUACUUAUCUUUUGUGACAAUUUGUAUUUGUAUGGUUGCAUAGGUGGGGAAUUUUUUGCAAGAUGAAAAAAGGUUGGAUUUUACUUGCCACUGCAGAAAGUUCAAAACAAAACAGAACAUUAACUUUCUGUAUAUUUUUCCAAUUCCCAUGCAGACUGUUCUUGUUUUAUUAGGUCUUUGGUUUUAGCAAAAAGAGUGUUUACUUAAAAUGUGUGAGGGUUCAUAUGUCUGGUUGUCGUUUUUGUUUCUCAAAUCUGUACAGGUUUACAGUCUUCGCUUUUGUUAAAGUUUGAAUUGCUUUGCUAUUUUGCUCUGUCCUCACAGAGGUAUUCAGUCUCUGUAUACUCUUAAAAGAAGAAAAAGCAAAGGAGGGUAUCUUUAUUCUUUAUCGUUUUCUUUGAGUUGGAAACAAAAGUAUGUAUGAAGGACUACAACUAGAAGAUAGACAUGCAUUUAAAUAGGCUAGUGGAAAAAAGUUUUUACCGUUUUCUUUCUGUUUUAGAGACAGUUAAAAGACUGCUCCUUGUACUGGGAGAUACCAGUGUAUGCUUCUAUUGUUGCCUUGAAAUUAUCUUUUUAUUUUUUAAGGCCUAUAGAUACUAUUACCUUUAAAGUCUUUAAAGUUAGGUUUCAUGCCAGCAGCCUCUAAUGUAUUAUAAAUGGCAACCCUAUCUUCUUAUUCUGUUAAAAUUGUAUAUGAACACCUGUCUAUUUUACAAACUUACAUAUAUGACAGUGUUGUCUACUUUGUCAUAGGCCAGUUUCUCUUGAAAUGUGACACCAAUUCAAGUGGCUUAGGUGCAGGGAGAGACCAAGAAUAGAUGCAGAGAGGCAGGAAGAGAAGUUACUAUUCAGAGGAAGGCAGCUUAAAUGGAUGAUGUUCUGUGUAUCAUUGAUAAGUUUCCUUGUGGUAUUGAAAAAUGUUUCUAAUUGUACUUGCCUGAUGUUUUAGUAUUGUUUUCUAGAUGGACUUGUAAAAACCAAACCGUGAUUUGUGAGGUUAGAAGUGUGUAUUUGGGGGCCUCAGGUGUGUGUGUGGUUUUAUUUUCCUCCAGACGUUUUGAACUUUAGUCAAUAAUUGUGUGUGUUAUUUUUAAGAAGUAACUUUUAUUUUUUCUCUAGUAAAAUUGUGAACACAUUUUCCUUCUGAAGGCAGGAUAUGAGCUAUGGAUUCUGAAAAGUAUUGUAGGUUGUACUAUGUGCCUUCUUAGUGUGUUUAUGGGCACAAUGUUUUCUCUCAUCAACUUGAAACUUAAAAGGGACAUUUUGGUUAGAUUACUGUACACCAAUCUAUGCAUAAAUGGCAGCUUGUUUUCUUGAGCCACUAUCUAAUUGUUCUUUUUUUAUAUAUAAAUUUUUUUAUAUUGAUUGGGUCAGAGAUGGUCAGUUUUAUACAGAAUGAACAGCACAGCACUUUGCCAAAAAACCCCAAAAAACAAAAAACAUGUAGCAUUGCUUAACCAUUGUGUAUUAAUACCAGUUCUUUGUAAUGGGUUCAGUAGUGCAUUUUGCACUGCACAGAGUUUUUAAAUCUGUCAGUAAAUAAAAUGUCCUUUAACUUAA